CCUGCACCUCCCGCACCCCCCAGCGUCACCCGCACGGUCCCCGCCACCUGCCCCGGGCAUCCCCCGCACCGGCCCGGGCUCCCCGAGCGUGGCCCGGCUCAUCCCCGAGCAUCCCUGGCAUCGGUGCGGGCGCUCCGAGCGCUCCCAGCUCAACCCAGGCUCGCCCCGAGCAUCCCCGGGCUCGCCCGCAGCACCUCCCGCCUCGCCCCCGAGCACCCAGCGGCUCAUCCCGGGCACUCCCCGGCUCAUCCCGGGCUCCUCCCGGCCCUCCCCGAGCAUCCCCGGCUCGUCCCAGCCCGGCCCCCCCGCUCCGGCCGCGUCUCCAGGGAAGAUGCUCAACGUUAUGGAUUUCUCCUGCCCGGAUCCGCUCUACUCCAAGUACGAGGAGAGCUGCGAGAUGAAAACCGGAGACCUGCAGGGCUUGGGGCAGCCUGAGCAGCAACUUCUGGCAGAGGCCGAUUUCCUUGGAGGUGAGCUGCUGGGCGUCCCCGGCAGCGGCGGGGCCGUGGAUUACUCGCUGCUGGGCAGCCAGCCCUCGCCUUCCCUCAGCUACACCGGCAGCUUCUUCAUCAAGGCGGUCCCGGAGCACCCGCAGGACCAGGAAUCCCUCUUCAACCUGAUGUCGGGCAUCCUGGGCAUCUCCCCCUUCGCCUCCUCCGAGGGCCACCAGCGGCACCUGGACGCUCUUUACCCCUGUCCCGAGGUGGCUCCGAGCCAGCUGGACCUGUACCCGUCGUGCCAGCCCGAGAUGAGCGGGUCCAGCCCGGCCCCGUUCACCGAGCCGGGCUACGGCGCCUUCCCCGCGGCCGAGGGCGCGCAGCCCCUGCCGGGAAACACCUCGCAGUGCUUCUUCCAGCCCAAGCUGCUGGACAGCAAGCAGGACAUCAAGCUGUCCUCCGGCUCCCCGCCCCUGGACAAGUUCAAAGGCGCCUGUGCCCAGUGGGAGCCGCUCUCGCAGCAGCACCAGGCCUACCUGCCCGCCGCCUUCCCCUCCGCCGAGGGCUUCCCGGCCCCCGAGGGCAGCCAGGGGCUGUUCCCCGCGCUGGGCUCCAAGAUGGAGAGCGUCUUGUCCGUCAGCUGCCAGCCGGAGCUCGGCAGCCUGGCCGAGGACGCCGCCUGCUUCGGAGCCCAUCUGGGCUUCGGCUGCGAGCCAGAGAACUUCCCGGCCCGCGGGGACUUCGCCGACAGCAAGAUCCACGCCCUGCCCGCGCCGUUAAUGCCGGACUUCGAGGCCUCCUUGGCCCAGCCCGAGGUGCUGCCGGGCCUGCUGGGCUCCGCCGAGCUGCUCCAUCCCCACCCGUCUCCGUCCGUGCCUCCCCCGGAGUUCCUGGGCCCGGCCCCGCCGCUGCCCUCGCUGCUGCCCGCCGGCCCCGCCGCGCUGGCCGAGCCCAAGAAGAAGGCUCGGCGCAGCAAGUGCUCCUCCAAGUGCUUCUGCCCCAAGCCCCACGAGAAGGCGUUCGCCUGCCCGGUGGAGAACUGCGUCCGCAGCUUCGCCCGCUCCGACGAGCUCAACCGGCACCUGCGCAUCCACACGGGCCACAAGCCCUUCCAGUGCCGCAUCUGCCUGCGCAACUUCAGCCGCAGCGACCACCUCACCACGCACAUCCGCACCCACACCGGCGAGAAGCCCUUCUCGUGCGACACCUGCGGCCGCCGCUUCGCCCGCUCGGACGAGAAGAAGCGGCACAGCAAGGUGCACCUCAAGCAGAAGGCGCGGAGCGAGGAGAAGCUCAAGGGCUUGGGUUUCUUCUCGGUGGGGCUGUCCUUCGGCCCGCUCUGAGCCCC